AUCAUUUGUUAGGCUCAAUUUCUAAGCUGAAAUCCUAUUCAGUUGUGUUUUCUCUCUACAACAAGAUGAAUCAUGCUGGUGUGAGCCCUGACUUAAUUACACUCAAUAUUGUCAUUAAUUGUUGUUGUAAUUUGAAGUUAAUUGAAUGUGGGUUUUGUGUGUUUGGUGAAAUUAUGAAGAGGGGUUUUCAGCCUGAUUUGGUUACUAUUAGAACUUUGGUUAAAGGUAUGUGCUUGGAUGGAAAGGCAAUGGAUGCACUCCAACUGUUUGAUAAAAUGACUAUAAGUGGGUUUCCAUGGGAUGUUUGCUUGUAUAACAUUCUAAUUAGUGGCCUUUGUAAAAUCCGCAAAACGAGCUGUGCUGUUGAGUUGCAUAGGAGGAUGGUGGAUGGAAAUCGUAACGGUGAUUUAAUCACUUAUAUUAUUAUUAUUAGCUCUCUUUGUAAAGAUGGAUUGGUUUCUGAUGCAUUGGAAAUGUUGAAGGAAAUGACCAGUUUGGGAAUCUCUCCUGAUGUUUUUGUUUACAGUUCUUUGAUUGAUGGGCUCCUCAAGGUAGGAAAACUAACGGACGCGAUUAACGUUUUCAAUCACAUGGUUGGCCUAGGGAUUAAAGCUAAUUUAGUUACUUAUAACUCUAUGAUUCAUGGGUUUUGUGAAUUGGGAUUAUGGAAGAAAUCAAUGAAACUCAUUGAUCAAAUGGUGGCAGAAGGGAUAGUACCAAACGUGGUAACAUUCACGACAUUGAUCAAUUGUUUAUGCAAGAAGGAGAAAGUCAGAGAAGCUUAUGAGAUCUUUGAUUUGAUGAUUAAGCACGGAAAAGAGCCUACUCAGUUUACUUAUAAUUCACUUUUGAAUGGCUUGUGUUUGCUUGAUCAGAUGAAUAAUGCUGAGAAGCUGUUUGAAGUAAUGGCAGCGAGGGGCAUCGAGGCAAAUGUUAUAAGCUAUACAAUAUUGAUUCAUGGUUAUUGUAAGAGUUGUAAGAUUGAUGAAGCGAUGAAUCUAUUUCAAGAAAUGAAACGUAAAGGAUUGAAGCCAAUUGCAGCAACUUACAAUGUACUCAUGAAGGCAUCAUUCCAAAAAGGUAGAACUAGAAUUGCAAGACAAUUAUUCAAAGAAAUGCAUAGUUGUGACCAAUCUCCAUUGCUGCCUACGUACACGGUCCUAUUAAAUGGACUUUGCCAAAACGGCUAUAUCGAGGAGGCAAUAGACAUAUUUCAGUCUCUCAAGAGCAUGGAAAAUAAGAUUAGUAUUCAGAUUUAUAGCGCAAUCAUUGACGGAUUGUUUCGAGCAAGGAGAUUUGAAGCAGCACAGGUAAUGUUUGACGAAAUUUCGACAGUAGGUUUAGUUCCUGACGUUAUUACUUAUAACAUUAUGAUUGAAGGUCUUUGCAAGGAAAGGAAGCUAAUAGAGGCUGAAAAAAUGUUUGAACAAAUGGAAGAAAAUGGUUGUGACCCAGAUGACAUAUCCUUUAAUAUAAUUAUACAAAAUUUUCUCCAAGAAAGUCAGGUUGACAAAGCAAUGGAAUUUCUGAAAAGAAUGCGGAGCAAAAAUCUGUCUCCAAAUGAAAAUCUUAUUUGUAUGUUGCUGCAGCUUUCCUUGGCGGAUGAACACUGCCUCAGGACGCUCAAGUCGUUACCUAAUAAUUCCCGAGGUGAUUUGUUGCAGAAGAUGAGACUUCUGGAUCAGGAACAUGUUACAACUAUGACCUAAUUAAAUUCGAUAUUCCAAUUUCUUGCAUCUUCUUUACCUUUGAUUUGCUCAGUCCGGACUCCAGCACAGCUUUGUAGGUCUUUCCCUAAUGUCUCUGCUGAUGCCCUUCAACAGAUAAUAAAUUUCCAAUGAAAAAUUCAUGUUAAUAA